AUGGUUAAACAAUCUUUGAAACGAGUAGAUGCCGAAUUAAGAGAAUCUGAUGAUUCAAUUCAGGAGCUAACAAACGAUAUUAUAAUUGAGGCUCCAUGGAAUCUAUGGAAGGAUUUAAAGACAGCAGAUAAUUUUUUUAGAAGCAAUUUGUCUAAAAGUUUGUACUAUACUCUUCAAAUUAGACUAUUUCGAGAAUACAUCAAGCAAGAAUUCUCAAAAAAGAGAUCGAGAAAGGGAGCAGCCGUAAAAAGAGCAUACGCCUACUCAAAAAACGACGCGAAGAAAUUUACAGAUACUUUAGAUGUUCUAGAUUUAAAUCAAUUGUGGAACACCCUGGAUGCCAAGUCGAGCUUUGAUUCCAAAUCAUUAAACGAUAGACUCGAGUCAGUUUUAUCGAAAAACAUUAAUAAAAUACUCAAAAAUGAUUCAAUUAGUACAGAUAAUUACAUGGAGUCAAACUAUAAUGAUGAAGAAAUCGAAUCUGACUCAGAUUCAGAUGCUUCCAGAGAAUCAUCAGAUUAUGAAAUAGAACAGACUAUAGAUGGUCCAGAAGAGCCUUUAAACGAUGAAGAAAAGAAUAAAAAAGAUAAAAAUAAUAGUUUAAACAGUAUCGAAGACAAAUUUUUCAAAUUUGAUGAAAUGGAAGCGUUUGCAAACGAAGAGUUAGGAUCGGAAGAAGAUAUUGACUAUUUUGACUCAUUGGGAGAAGAGUCAGAUGAUUCAGUAGCUGCAGCUGAAAUGAGAUACGAAGAUUUCUUCAGAGACCCAGAAGAUAGCGACACGGAGCCUGUGGAAAACCUGAAGGCACUGACGUGUAGCAAGAAUUUGAGUAAGUUGGACGAGUACGAUAAGCAAAUGGAGCUGAUGCUACAGCAGCUGGAGGAGGAAGGAGAUGGACGAGAAGAAGAUGAAGACAUGUACAGAGAUGAGAUAGAUCUGUUAGAUGAGCCAGAAGAGGAGGAGGAUGAAGAAAUGGAAUUGGAUAAUAAAGGGCACUUAAGGAGCAGAAAUGGGUUAGAUAACGAGAGGUUAACUGAUACAAAAAAGACAAAGUCAAAAAAAAAUAAAAUGGCAAAUAGGAGUAGUGUUGAAGAUGAUGGUGAUGAUGAAGACGAAGAUGAUGGUGAGGAAGACGAUGAAAUAGCACAAAUAGAAAAUGAAUUGGUAGCACCUAAGCAUUGGAGCCUAAUGGGAGAGUCAACAGGAAAAAGUAGACCAAGAAAUAGUUUAUUGGACAUAGAGCUGGAGCUUCCACAACCGAGUUCAAUAGUGUACAAUAGUGAAGAGAAUGAAGGGCAAGGAGUAAACGGAAAUGGAGUUGGAGAAGGACAAAUGGAAGGAGCGGGGGGGCAUGAAUUGCCACUGGAGCUGCUGAUAAUACAAAGAAUAAAGUCAGGAGUGUUUGACAACGUGGAAAGAAAAACUUUCGUUGAAGACCAGUUGGAGGCACUGAAUAGACUCAAUAAAAAUAAAAAAGAGGAAAUGAGGCCUGAGGACAUAGACUACAAGAAGAGCGAGAUGGGAUUGGGAGAAGUGUACGCGCAAAAGUACAAGGAGCAGUUCAUGGCAAUCGAUAAGCUGGACCCACACAAAAAGGACCUGAACGAGCAGUUCGCAAGGCUGAUGUACAAGCUGGACUCGCUGUCGAACCUGACGUUCGUGCCGAAGAGAACGAGUGAAACGGAAAAGGCGACCGCAGUGCCAAUGAUAACAGUGGAGACGCCGGUGAACAUAGUGGUCUCAGGAAGCUCACCAGUGGCAGGCGAAGACAAGAGUGGGUCCAAUAGUGGGUUAGGAGGAGGCAGCAGCAGAGGUGGAAGGGUGAAUGGGAUCGGAGAGUCGGGAGGCGAUCAAGUGACGGACCCAAGUGGCCCACUGAGUGCAAGUAACGUAGGCAAGGGGCAGAUAGUGGCAGCAAAAGUAUCAAGAAGUGCGAAGAAGAGGAAGUUUAAAAACAAAAUGAAGGGACUAGUGAAGAGCGGAAGACUGACCUCAGACCAGGUGGACAAGAUUAAGCAAAAGAUGGUCAGCAGGAACAAGCUGAGGAGAGAGGACUCGAAGUCCAGGAAGAGGACCGGUCUGACGCAGAGAGAGGCGAUCAAGCACGACAUGAAGUCGAACCGCAGAAUUGACACGGCCGAGCUGCUGUCAAGCGUGGGAAGGCAGUCAGCCGGCCACUAA